AUGACUCGCGAUCGGAUCAGGCGGUGGAGGGGGGAAGAGGAUGAGGGGAUUGAGAAAAAGGAAAAAGGAAGGGUGUUGACGAGGCCGCCUUGGCUGCCGAGGCCGAGAUUGAGUACGUGCAAGGGGUACGCCAACUUUGCGAAUAUGCCGAACGCGCCGGUUGCUACUUACGUUGCUUCGACGAGCAUGUUUACCAAGUUGCCGGCGUGGCGGAAUGCGAAGCUGAGCGAUGGACCGCCGUUGGCUGGGCCGGAGGAGAUGGGAGAGGAGGCGCUGAAUAGGGGGUUCAGUGAUACGAGCGAGUUGACGCUUGUCUGGGGACCGAGGCCGGUUCCGGAUGCGGAGGAACUACGGAGACGGAGGGCGAAGUACCCGGUUAUCAUGUUCAGCCACGGCCUCGGCGGGUCGAGGACGGUGUAUAGCACCAUCUGCGGAGAACUGGCCAGUUACGGAUUUGUGGUGGUCGCUAUGGAGCACCGUGAUGGAAGCGGAGCGAGGACCUAUGUGAAUAAGGAAGGGUCGUCUCCUGACUUGUGCAGCCAAAAUCUGGACCGGAGGUCGAACACGGAACGGGAGAAGGAAGAUGGUUCAAUGUUCCACACGAAACGACGACGGAAGAAGAACGGCAAGAAGAAGCCAUACUACAUGGUGGACUACCUCUUUCCGCUGGACAACGCGCAAGAUACCCGGCCGAAUAACCCAGCCGGAGUAGAUACGGAGUUACGUUCGGCGCAAAUAGAGAUGAGAUGUGCCGAGAUCCAAGAGGCAUUUCACAUCUUGGGAAUGAUAAACGACGGGCAAGGAGAAGAGGUUGCGCGCCGCAAUCUAAGGAAGAAAGGAAAUAAAGGCUCGAGCUCAAAGGGGCUCAUAGGCAUCGACUGGGAGGAUUGGACGGGGAGACUAUACCUGCAAGAUGUGACGAUGAUGGGUCACUCGUUCGGAGGAGCAACGGCAGCCCAAGUGCUCAGAUUGCGCGAAGACUUCACGUGGAUCUCGCAGGGCAUCUUACUCGAUGCGUGGGGUCCAGCGAUGCCGGAGGACUCAAGCGAGGAGCACAAGAUCCAAAAGCCGAUAUUGGCCCUCGGUAGCGAGGCCUUCAUGCACUGGAAGGACAAUUUCGAACGCGUGGAGAAACUCUGUCUCGAGGCCCGGGAGGCGGGCGUGCCCUCUUGGAUGACGACGAUCCGGGGCUCGGUCCACCUGGCAGCGGCGGAUUUUGCGGUCCUUUAUCCAAAUUGGAUGUCACUGCUCAUGAAGUCUCUUCGCGCGAUCCAGCUCCAUGUCGAAUCGGCACUUGAAUUUUUCAGAAUAACGCUACCAGAACAACAUCAUGCCAGAUUCAGCAAAGCCUGGCCGUUCGAGGAGGGGCUGCUGACGACGACAGCGGGCGCGGCGAACGAGAAAUGGGUCGCCGCUCGGCUAAAGAUUCCCCAUGAAUUCAACUGGGCUAAGAGGAAAAUUCAACCGGGCCCAGAUAUACCAAGAGAUCGAAGGGGAAAGCCCCUUGCAGGACUGGUAGACUGGGGUGCAGGAAAUGAAAUUUGGGUGCACAUUAGUCCAGACAAGGAGGAAGUGCCAAAUGCAGAAUAG